CCAAUAUACGAGUGACGUCAGCGCGAUCGUACGUCAAUUAUUGAACAACCCUUCGGUCACCAGCAGCAUCCACACUCUCCAAUUGGCUCUUUCGCGUUUGACGUCAGAGAUACCAGAAAGACAUUUGCCAUCUUUUGGGUGGAUAUGUCAGGUGGACCAGUGGGCCCGUAGCAUUCCUGGUUCGAGCGUGUCAGACAUGAUCGUCUUUCCUGGAGGUCUGCCGCUCGCACGCCACUUUAGGAUUAACAGUCAAGCUCAGUAGCAUUGUGUCAUACGGACUGGACUGGUGCACUCUCACACAGUUACUGUUGAAGCUAGAGUGGUCUGCUGUGUCAGUGUUGAAGCUAGAGUGGUCUGCUGUGUUAGUGUUGAAGCUAGAGUGGUCUGCUGUGUCAGUGCUGAAGCAAGAGUGGUCUGCUGUGUUAGUGUUGAAGCUAGAGUGGUCUGCUGUGUCAGUGCUGAAGCAAGAGUGGUCUGCUGUGUUAGUGUUGAAGCUAGAGUGGUCUGCUGUGUCAGUGCUGAAGCUAGUGUAGUCAGCUUCACUGCCCUGACCGCUCGCCCGUGCCGACGGACCGCUCUGGGCGCUAUAUGAGGCAGCACAGCUUCAGGAAGAGCAGUCCUGCUAGUUCCGAGAGGCUGCCCUUGGAGAACCGAGUGAGGGAGAACAGCGCGGUAUUGGAAUUCGGACCUAUGAGUGGGCCCUCGAAGUUUGACUUCGGAUGGGCACACAAGAAUCACUCCCAAGAGGACAACCGCACCAUGACGAGCUUCAUCCAAAAGGUCCUGGAUGCCGAAGUAAUCAGGGACAUGAAAAGUCCAGGUGAAAAGAGUUACGGAAAUUUCCAGGACAUAGCGAGACGGUACCGGAUUGACCAUCCUAACGCUUCCGAACCUUCGUAUAUUGUAGUCGGAGAGGAAGUUGACAAAACACGUCCCGGCAACGACUCCCACGUCUCCAAGUUCGAAAAGUUGGUAAGUCAGCAUUUUCCACAUGCGCCUGACGCCCCAGUGGGAAGUGGCGGCAGGCGACAGACUGAGGGAGAUGUCGGCAGGGAGGCGCCGACCCUGAGACACGCCACAGCCGUACAAGAUUAUUCAGCUGGUCCCUCCUACAUCAUGAUGAAGGCGUCAGCGCCGCAGAAGUCAAGGGGGAUGUUCGACGAGGAGCUGGUGGAGGCGGAGGCCGACGGUUACGGCGGAGACGGAGGCACCGACGGAGGUGGGAUAAGCAGCCUCAAGACGGGUGGCGGCCCUCCCGAGCCCGUGGAGGUCACCAGCGUCUCCUACCUCUCUGUCCCCGACGAUGUCUCCGAGGACCGGAGGCCCUCCACGGCAGACAUCGUCAUCGAGAAGCUCCGUGUGGAGAAGGUAGAGGGAGGCGGCCUGAGCAUCCAGGGGGUGGUCCUCGCCUCACACUGCCACGUCACCCUGUGUGUGUUCGGUGUGUUCUUCAUGGUCGCCGGCGUCAUCCUCUCCUACGUCAGCUACAGCGUCAAUAUGGAGGCGGGAGACAAGGCAGGCGAGGACCAAGAGGAGAAGAUGCAAGAAGACGAGGCCGGAGCGUCGCAGGAGGAGGCGCCAGGAGACCAGCAGGAAGGGGGGAAGACAGGAGAGACACACGAGGUGUCCAGGGUGGUUCAGAUGCGCACCAUCGGCCCGGUCUUUCUGGCUGUGGGCGUCCUCAUGCUCUUUCUCGGCCUCAUCCUCUUCGCGCUCGCAAGAAAGAUCGGGCACGACGAGAAGGCCAAGCAGCGAGCCCUGGCCGACCAGCAGCUGUGUCAGCUGGAGAACAGCUUCAGCUACGCCAACUCCUCCAGCUCCCCCCUGCACACUGCCGCCCCCGCCCCCCACCAGCAAUACCCGAUCCUGUCUGUGCGACGGAACUCGUGGUGGGUGGACCCGGGCAUGAAGAAGGCGGGCGGCGUGUUCUCCAACAUCGGGACCCACAAGGACACCGUCCUCCAUGGACCUUCGCCGCUCAGGGAGAGCGAGUCGCCGCCACCUCUCAUCAUGACUCCCCUGCCCCUGGAACUGCUCCCAGACGCCUCAGACACAUAUAAUUACAAGGACAUCGCCUGCUUCCCUCGUCCCACCAAUAUGGGUCCGUUGCCUGUAACCGAACAACAAGUACUUCCGUUGGAAGAAGGUGGUGCCGACCUUACUACUACAGUGGCUUCUCAACCAGAAGGUGGUGACGACCUCACUACCGCCACCGACCAUCCCUCGCUCAGCAGCAUCCCGGCCGCCUCCUGCACAGAUUGGCGCAGUACCACCCCUCUGCUCUCCUGUGCGGAACAGGAGCUGCGUACCGCUGUUCUGGUGCCAUCCAGCGCCACCUUACCUCGCACACACGGCACCUCGACAAUGCACACAUCUUCUAAGCUGCCAGUCAUACAAGUAACGGAGCCGCAGCCUCAGACGCCACCAGUGCCGGUUGUCCUUCCCAGACUCUCCCGGCAUUGCUCCACCCGACCUGACAGCCGACCAACCACAGCCGAUUUCCCCUCGAGAUCAGAGUCUAGAUGAAGAUAAGCCUCAUCUUAUCUCCCAACGAGAAAGGAUUCCAAACGGCGCUAAGACUCGCCUUUCCUUCCCUCGAGAAAGGAUUCCAGACGGCGCUUAAGUCUUUCCCAGUCUUUCUUUCACUCUGAGAAGACCUCCAACAGCCAUGUGGCUAUGUGGAAAGACAUUCCACAUAAAUAUAAUUCACUACUUCGCUACAAGAAGAACCUAAAAUAAAUCUAAACAGUUUUUUCCUUCAAGAAACGAUUUCAAAUGAAACCAAGAUUUCUUUCUCUGCGAAAAACCUUAAAGGAAACUAAACUUUAUCUCGCCCUCGAGAAAGAACCUCAAAUGAAGUCAACAAAUGUCUGCCUUCGAGAAAGGACCUGAGAUGAAGUCAAACCUGUUUUACCUCGAGAAACAACCUUAGAAGCAGCUAAGCUUGGCCUUUCUUUCACUUCAAGUUUACCUUCAGAAUAUUUGACCGCGACCCAGGAAGUUCCAAGCCUUGUGGUAACUACACAUACAUUCACAUAUAUAUAUAUAUAUGUAAACACAUAUAUUUAUAUACGAGUAUUCAUAUUAUUUAGGAUUUCAAAAAUGAUUAUUUAAAAAAAAUGGCAAGAUUAAAGGAUAUUUUGUAAUGUAAGAGCUGUGUGUAUUAUAUGCAAACAAACAAACAAACAAAAUGUUGUCGUUGGUGGACCACUGGAAAAUUCACCAUAUUUUAUCGUACGGUUUUGAUAUAUAUAUAUAUAUCCUGAUCUUGAUUUGUUAUUAUUUUACCACAAAGAAUAUUCGUUAAAUCAUGCAUGUAAAUAUGAACUAAAUAUUAUAUAUAUAUAUAUAUA